GAAAGGACGCACAUGCCGGCUCUGCACCACUAACAAGGGAAAAAGUAGCCAUAAUAGCAGAAGUCAUGGUGUCAAAAAUUCUUGUAAACCACACCCCCACAUUCACAGGAAGCUCUAUGUGUGCUGAAACCCCCAGUUCACCAGAGACUCAGAGAGAGAGAAAGACAUACAGUGAGAAGUCAAAACAGGAAAUAACUUCAGAUGAGAAGAAGAAAAGGACAGUGGAAAGUGGAUAGGAGAGCAGAAAAAGAGAUAGAAGUGAUAGAAGAGUGUGAAGGCGGGACAGAGAAAGUAAAUAGUGUUACAGCAGGAGGAGGGAGGGGAUGGCAUGCGUGUCGGCUGAUGCUUCAUCCGCCUGCUUUUUGAUGCGACGCAGCUUGACGACAGAGGAUGUUAUGUUCUUGGGAUUGAAACAUCAACACAGCUGGAACACACUUUCACUUGACUCAGAAGGAGCCUGAACUCCUCCUCGCCAUAAUGGACGCUCAAACACACCCGUCAACCGUAUACAAGCAGCUCUCCUGAUUCCAGCUUCCUGUUGGUGCACAAGGCAACUUGUCCUAACAGUCACAGGCUUAAGAUGAACUUUGCCAACCACAGCUGUCAAAGCAGUGAAGAAGAUCUACGCAAGUACCAGCACCAGGUGUAUGCAAUAGUGUACAGUGUGAUCUUAGCGCCCGGCCUGCUGGGAAAUGUGCUGGCGCUCUGGGUGUUCAAGAUUUAUAUCAGGGAGACCAAGAAGGCGGUGGUGUUUAUGAUGAACCUGGCUGUAGCCGACCUGCUGCAGGUGCUCUCUCUGCCUCUGCGCAUCUACUACUACCUGAACAACACCUGGCCCUUCGGUCAUCCUCUGUGCAUGAUCUGCUUCUACCUGAAGUACGUCAACAUGUACGCCUCCAUCUACUUCCUGGUGUGUGUCAGCGUGCGUCGCUGUGAGCUCAUCAUGCGUCCGCUGAGGUACCAAUCCUCCAGGAGGAAAGGAGACUUGGUUAUCUGUGUCCUUGGCUGGCUGUUGGUGUGCCUGGGCUGCCUGCCCUUCCCUCUGCUGAGGAACCCCAGCAGUGUACCAAACUCUAAUUCAAGCUCAGAGCUGGUGUGUUUCUCAGAGCUGCCCAUGAGGACUGUGAGUAUUCCAGCAGCCUGGGCGCUCCUGAUCCUCGCGGAGCUGCUGGGCUUCAUCAUCCCCCUCGUCAUGGUGUUAGCCUGCAGCUGUCUGACUGCUGGGAGCCUUCGGGACCCGACAGGGGGGGCUAUUACUGACCGAGGGGAGAAGCGGAGGGCGUUUAAGAUGGUGCUCAGCUGUGCUGUAGUCUUCCUAGUGUGCUUUGCUCCUUACCACAUCACCAUGCCCCUGGACUUCCUGGUGAAGGCCGACGCCUUGAGCAGCUGCACCUUCAGGGACCUCAUUCUGAGAUGUCACCCCGUCACGCUCUGCCUGGCCAGUCUCAACUGCAGCCUGGACCCCCUCAUGUACUAUUUCACAACCCAUGAAUUCUGGAGGCGACUGAGCAAGCCAGAGAUACCAGAGAGCAUGUCUUUUGGCAGGCGCCUGUCCUGUAUAACUGGAGGAGAGGAUGCUGAGGAGGACUAGACUGCAGCCAGUCUCUUGUUGAAGGACCAAGAGUUAAAUCUCUAGCACUAAACCCUGAGAUAAAGACUGUUUAAAAACUAGGGAAAUAUCAUUUACAUGCAAACUAGUACGUGAAACUAUGGAAGCAAGUUUCAAAUGUGCCUUUUUUUUUCUAUUUAUAUUUCAAUAAAAGCUGUGUCCGUUCUUUCUAAA